AUGCCCAACAAUAAUGGAAGACCUGAAAAACGCAAGAGACUCGAGCCAUCCUCUUCCCACUCAGAGUCGGAAUCCGUGGCAUCCUUCGCACCGCUACCACCAGCUGUACUUCUUGUGUCUUUGCCUGCUCUGCUAGCUCAACCUCCGAAUCAUCGCUUCUAUCUUCAAUCUCUUACUCUGUCUCUAUCAGCGCUCCGUAUAUGUCUCUCGAUGCCAGCGCUAUCUCCCGAGAUCGAGUGUCGUGCGUGGACUGGUCUGGCAGAGAUUGGUAUGAAAGUCAUCGGAGGAGGGCUGAGCCAGAACGAGGAGCAUAUGUGGGCUCAUGGAAUAGAGGCAGAGGUCGAGAAAGCCGUCAGCAAAGGCUCCAUAAUCGCUCAGAAGCAUCCAUCAUUACGCGCAUAUAUGCACCAUUUGGCUCUCUUACAAGCUCAACUCUCUCAUUGGCAACAGAAGUCUAAGUUUGCACGCACGCAGAUCCGGAAAUUGCUCGCGUCAUUCCGACCUACAGAUCCUCCACAUGUUAUUUAUUCCGCUCAGCUCGCAUACAUCAACCUCCUCACUACCCCUUCUCCAUCGCUGUAUGCGACAUCUGUUCCCGGUCAAGUUUCCUUCACUCCGCCGUCACGAAGCCCGCAAGACAUUCAUGCGGCUCUCAAUAUCCUCGAAGAGCUGGAGACCACCUCGAAGAAGAACGAGUACAAGCGCGUUGCACUCCUAGCGCGUGUACUACGUUUGCGCAUACUUGUCGCUGCGUCCCUCUGGGCAGAUGUUCCAACAGCGCUGAAACGUGCCGAGGAAGCGCUAGGCCUCUCGUACGAGCCCAAGACCACCCCCAAGCCGCACAAGGUCCAGUUCUCUACGGGCGCCGAAGGAUCUACAGACAGUGUGGAAGCGACGUUUAUAUCUUUUGAUAGUGCAUUUGAGUCUGCCAUGGUGGUGCAUCUAUUGAUGAUGUCGGUGGUCUACUAUACGCAUAUCGGGGACGCCCCAGAAGCCUCUCCUCGGCUCUCACAUUUGCAUUCUCUCCUGGAUUCAGGCGCUCUGGACAAGUUCCCGAGUGGUGUGGUGGAGCUACCGUUUGAUAACGGCCCUCCGUUGAUCAUCGAGGUGACGCAUCCCCGUGUCUUGUUCUUGCUCGGAUUCCUCGUAAGUGCUACAGCAAAGCGAGACGCUGUAGGACGAAAGCCGAAGCGGAAGGUGUUUGCUUCCGAAGGGCUAACCGUGUGGGAGACCGAGGUCAAACGUGAAAUAUCAUUUUCACUGUGGUCGGGCUUGGGCGAUAUCGACGAGAUCGAACAACGCCUUGCCAGAAUCAAGGCCGAUUUGCUGUGCGAGCUCAUCGCAGUGUCUACGAUGCGAAGUGAGUUUGAUACAGCGGAGAAGAAUAUAGACAUCCUCAUCGCGCAUACGCGCACGUACAACAUAUUCCCCCGUUUCGCUGCACGCAUCGCGCUCCAUCAUGCAUACCUAGCACAUGCUCUCGGACAGUCAUCCCGUGCGCUCCAGUGCUACCGUGUCGCCGCUCAGGUUGCCGAAUCCGGCAGCUUCGUGCAACAUGCAGCCCGCGCAGGAGAAGCUGCCAUGCAGAUCGGCCUCCAGCACUCUCGCGGUGACGUAGAUGGAGGUUCUUGCCUGGACAGUCAGGCUGGGUUACGUAUCGCCAAGAUAUGCCGAGGAGCGGGCGGAAUCCUGGAGGCCAUUGGACGGGUAAUCGAGGCAUGCCUGACGACAGAGAUAUUGAAGGCCAAACAACACCUCAAGCAGGCUCUAGCUAUUGCUACAAGAGCACAAGACAACCAUUUGCGCGCAUUGAUCUUAGCGCUGAUCGCAUCCCACUACUUCCAUACUGCUGGCGACCACGCGCGCGAGAUGUUGCAGACAUGUGAACAGCUCGCUGCUGGUCUGGGAGCGCCAGCUACGAAAGGUGCUCCGUCGAAUAAUGGGAAGGGGCCGAAGCAAGAACAGCCGGUGGCGAUCGGCAAUGCGCCUUUAGGGCUUUGGAUUGGCGAGCGAUUCCUAGAGUUAUACAAACGUGCUGGAAAAGAGUCGCGGGUCCAGAAGCAGAUGUCUGUCAACGCGCAGCUGGCAAAGGCAGUCGAGGACCUUGCUCGUCGUGCUCGCAAUCCCGGGGAGGACAGCGCAUCCUGA